AUGAAGGACAACAGUGUGGAAAACCCUCUGCGCCUUCAGUCUGUGAACCAUAUCUCCCUCAUAUGCAGAUCAGUGGAAGAAUCAAUGGAUUUCUACCAGAACGUUCUUGGGUUUUUCCCCAUUAGGAGACCUGGUUCUUUUGAUUUUGAUGGGGCAUGGUUAUUCGGCCACGGGAUUGGAAUUCAUUUACUAGAAGCAGAGAAUCCAGAAAAGUUGCCGAAGAAGAAGGAAAUUAACCCAAAGGAUAAUCAUAUAUCUUUUCAGUGUGAGAGCAUGGCAGCAGUGGAGAGGAAGCUGAAGGAGAUGGAUAUUGCUUAUGUGCGAGCAACGGUGGAGGAAGGUGGGAUCCAAGUGGAUCAACUAUUUUUCCACGACCCUGAUGGCUUCAUGAUCGAGAUAUGCAACUGUGAUAGCCUUCCUGUGAUUCCCUUGGUCGGUGAAGUAGCAAGAUCAUGUUCCCUUGUGAAUCUUGAGAAGAUGCAGAAUCAGCAGCAGAUACAGAACAUGCUCCAACAACUGUGA